AUGCACAAAGUUAUGUUCAUUGUUGUUUUUGGAGCUUUGGCGGUGGCAAGUGUGCUGAAUUAUGGGGAAGCCCAAACGGUGCAUGCCGUCGGAGACACCAUUGGUUGGAUAGUACCUCCCGGCGGCGCCGCUGUGUAUUCAAAUUGGACUUCCGCCGAUACAUUCAAAGUUGGAGACAUCUUAGUGUUCAACUUUAUCACCGGCAGACACGACGUACUGGAAGUAGCAAAGGACUCAUUCGACGCGUGCACCACCGACAACGCCAUCGGAACUUCCUUAACCGACGGACCCGCGCACGUCACUCUCAACUCCACCGGCGACCACUACUACAUUUGCACCUUCGGAACCCACUGUAAGCUCGGACAGAAACUGGCCGUAACAGCUUCAGGCGGCAACGGUGGGCCUCCGGCCGGAGCUAACCCUCCUUCUCCGGCUGGGGGGCCGUCCAGUUCUAAUUCGUCGCCACCGGGCGGGUCUACCCAGUCUCAUUCUUCUGCAACUGCGGUGCAUGUUGGCUUGGCGCUAACCAUGGCUUCCAUUGCUAUAACUGUGCUUCAUCUAUAUUGGUUUUGGUUGACAUAUCUGUAA